AUGGUCGCAGAGCUGAUCACUGCCUCAGAGGCUUGUAAAGCAGCAAUCUGGACAGCCAAAGUCCUAAGGGAACUCCGCUACCCGGUGAAACCGACCCUAUUGAUAGACAACGAGGCUACGAUCCGACUGACAGAAUCCUCCGAACGAUUCAAUGACGCCAAACACGUUGAGAUGAGAUUUUACUAUGUCAGAGAAAGAUACCUUAACGGAGAGGUCAACGUCGAAUACUGCCCCAGUGAGGUCAACGCCGGAGAUUUCCUGGCUAAGAACUUGGAUUUCAAAAAGCUUGAUACACUGCUCGAAAUUUCAGGAUUCAAUGGCGGCAAGACUCCCGGUGGGGGCAAGACGAAGAGCAAAUGGACGAAACUAAUGAUGAAUGCGUUCGAAAACACGGAGGAAGGGAUAAUCCUCCUCUGUGAAACAUGGUUGAUGAAUGAUGAGACACCUCCGACAAUCAAGGGCUACCGGAUCGCGCAGUCGUCCUCGUUGCUCGACAUCAGGAAGCGAAAAUGGAUGACACCUAAGGUUGCGAAGCUCAAUACUCAAGACGAGUGGGCCAAAUGGAAAUGGACGAUGAAGCAUCUCCUCAAAGCGCAUCGAUUCGAACCCGUCGUGACCGGGGCGGAAGUUAGGCCUACGACGACGGCUGGGGACAACCUCGAAAAAUGGUUAACGAAGGACGCAAAAGCGGUGAGCUCAAUAGCAACAGCUCUUGGUGAUCAAAACGCGAAGCUGGUACUGACUUGUGAUACGUCCAAUGAUAUCUGGAAGAUACUGUGUGCGAGGUUUGAGAGGAGCUCGAAACAGAGGCUGGACUCGCUCGUCGAGCAAUUCUACAGACUUCAGAAGGACGAUUCCGAGGACAUGAUCACCCACAUAGCGACUCUCCAGAAGCUUUUCAUGGACAUGAACCUCGAACUGAAGAAACAUCACCAGAAUGAGCUCUCGGAGAUAAUGCUGACGCUGCGAAUCAUGUCCACGCUCGGGAAGGAAUACAACAGCUUCCGUGACGUAUGGGACACCAUUCCAGCUGGUGAACAAACGGUAAAUCUGCUAAUCGAGAAAUUGUGUAAUAUCGAGAAACGAGAUUCCGUGCCCACCGAGCAAGCAUUCGUAGCCAGCAGAAAGCAGCUGUUACCAAGUAAGAAAUACGAAGCGAAUAAGAAAGACAAAUCCGUAGAGAAAAGGAAGAAGUUCCCAUGUAGGAAAUGCCAUCAGCUUGGCCAUUGGGCUCGCGAAUGCACAUCGGUCAAGGAUGUCAUGCCGAAAACCGGCUUCCUGGCUCACGCGCUGGGAGCCGCCGUGGACGUUCGAGAGUCGACUCGAUGGAUCUGCGACAGCGGAGCCACCUGUCAUAUGACACCUCGGAGAGAGUACUUCAAAACGAUUGAAAUAUUCCAGACUCCGAAGAGGAUACAGCUCGGUAAACGCGGGCUCUACAUGGAUCUGCUAUACGCAGAUGAUCUCCUUCUGCUAGUCCACUCCUGGUCUGAAAUGGAACAACUGCUGCAGAUCACCACAGAAGUGGGAAACGAGUUAAGACUGGUCUUUAACCCGAAAAAAUCUGCUGUAUUAGACUUUAACGAACCCGGCAGUGGGGUGCACCCGGAGCUCAGCAUCCAGGGACUUGUGAUCCCCACGGCCAUCGAUCGGAGUAAGACUAGGCAACUUCUGAACAAGUGUUUUGGGAUGGAUAAGUGUGCGAAGUGUGAGCAGACCAUCAAGAAGGAUGGCCUCGCCUGUGUGCGAUGCCAUGCGAAGCUGCAUGAGACGAAGAAAUGCUCUGGGGUCUCCAAAGCAAGUCUGGAUAAGGACAAAAAGCUGCGCAAAACAUUCGUAUGUGACGAUUGUCUUGCCAGCUCAGACUCUGAGCAAGAAGACGACUCCCCGACGGAGAUAACAAGCGAGAAACUCAUGAUGAAAAUUCUGAGCAAAAUCUCUGAGCUAGACAGCAAAUGGCAAAAGAAGUUCGACCAGUUCCAAUCUGUGAUAGACAUGUUCUCAUCCCAAAUUGACGAAGUCUCCGAAUUGAAGGCUAGACUGAAGGAAUCGAGCGGCAAAGUGAAGGCGCUCGAGAAACUUCCAAGACAGACGACAGAAGAGCGAAGCGAGGUUAUCAUCAGCAAUGUGCCGCCGUUGGCGCAAGAAGAUCCUGUGAAAAUCGCCGAGGCUGUCUUCAGCAGCCUAGAGGCUGGACUCAGUGACUGUCAAAUACUAUCGGCAAGCAGAUUCGAGACAAAAGUCGAUGACAAGAAACGAUGUUUCCUGAAAGUGAAACUCUCUACUAACAUAGCGAAAGGGAAGGUGAUUGAAGCAGCCAGAAUAGCCAAAGCCACGCUGAAGGACCUUCAGCUGGAAACGAAGACGGGGUUGAAAUUCGCCGACUUGAAUUCCCUCCCACAAAAAUUUGAAGAUUCACCAGUGUUCGUAAACGAGGCAAUCUCGAAGCCGACCAAAAUCUUGCUACAGAGAGCCAUCAUGCUGAAGAGAGAGAAGAAGGUCCAUACAGCUUGGACCUAUAUGGACAGAGUCUACGUGAGAAAGCAGCAGAAAUCCCCACCCAUAGGGAUCAGCUGCAUCGCAGACCUGGAGAAACUGCAAAGUAUAAGAAAUAGAACGAAAUUUCAAGAAUUCUGCUCCCGUUUGACCCAGCUGAACCCCCAGCCUGUGAUAAUCUUGCUAAUUGAAACAUGGCUGUCGCAGAAUGAAACAACGACGUACAACAUUGACGGAUACCAGAGGCUGAGCUGCGGACGUGAGAAACAAUCCAGAGGAGGAGGAAUCUUCGCCUUCAUCGAGAAUCGAUACCAUAUCGAAACGAUGGACGAUCAAAGAAUGUCCGAGACAGUAGCUGAGAACCUCGUUUUCCGAAUCUCUAACAUCAAGCCUAAACUUCAAGUCUCAGUGGUAUACAGACCUCCGAAAAACAACAUAAAAGCAUUCGAAGAUGAACUCGACGAGCAAAUCAUCAAAAUGAGAAGCGCGAAAGGCAUUAUAGUGGGCGACACGAACAUAAACUGGCUCUCACCUCAAUCGGCAGGAGUCAAAGAAAUUCUGACGAGCCAUGGAUGGAGAAAUCGAGUUGAAGACAUCACUAGGCCAGCCUUUGGCGCAAAUUUGGAUCACCUCUACUCCAACAUACCCAACGCAUCGGCUGAGCUGAUUGAAAUGAAACUCAGCGACCACAGAGCUCUCCAAUGCGAAAUCAGUACCACCAGUCCCCAGGAACGAGACAAGAGAGAACGACGAAUCAACAUUGACAGGCUGAAGGAACGAUUGCGGCUAGAAACCUGGGAUUUCAUCGACAACCUAGGAACAGCCAGCGGGAAGUAUUCUGGGUUCCACGAAAUUUUAUUCGGCAACAUCGAAAGAGCGAGUCAAGGCUGCAUCGGGGGAAAACCCCUACGAGCAAGAUCCCGUCUGCCAUACAUCUCUGACUGCAUCCUGGAAAGUCCUCAAGAGACUCAGGAAGGCGGACACUGCUGCACUACCAGCGAAAAUCAGUGCAGGAGCGAGACAAGUAACCCAUCAGCAGGCCUCGACGGGAUUACCGCACACACUGUAAAAAACGUCGCCGACGAAAUCGCGAAACCACUACUGAAGAUUGUAAAUGAGAUCAUAGAGUCCUCCGAAUACCCUCAGGCUCUGAAGAGAGCAAGAGUGGUCCCGAUUCCCAAGGUAAAGAUCCCGUCAACCACAAAUGAUUUCCGCCCCAUCUCGGUACUGCCCGUGCUGAACAAAGUCGUCGAAAGAACUCUAGUCACACAACUCACAAAGCAUUUCGAACGUAACAACUUACUGUAUGAACGUCAAUAUGGGUAUCGAAAGAACAGGAGUACCGCUCACGCAGUGUACAGUACGAUAGAGAGUAUUAAAUUAGGGCUGGACAGUGGUAAAGUCUGUGGUCUACUAUUGAUUGAUAUGACGAAGGCGUUUGAUUCUGUUAGGAAACAGGUUCUGUUAGAAAAAUUGGGCUGUUAUGGAGUGGGUGACAAGGCUCGUGGCCUAAUCGGCUCCUACCUGUCUGACCGAAUGCAAAGUGUACAGACGGCAACUGUCAAAUCCCCCCUCCUCCCAAUCACUACGGGCUUGCCGCAGGGGAGCCUGCACGGGCCGAUAUGUUUUCUCAUAGUCAUUAACGACCUCCCGAAGGUAUGCACCGGAGAGGUGAACAUCUUCGCGGACGACACAACAGUAGUCUACAUCUGUGAUACGAGAGAGGAGUUGGAAGCCAAAAUGCAGGCAGAUCUCACGAGCAUCAGUAAAUAG